GUCUCUAACAUUUUGAGUAAAAGUUCACCUGCUGUUUCGAUGUACACGGUUAAGCAGUUAUUUCUUUACCAGCCAACAGUGUAUUUGGAGAACAUACAUGUUUUAAGACUUAAGAGAAUUAUCAGGCAACAUCUUGUGAGAUUAUGGCAGCAUCCCAGAAAAUUGCUUUUGAAGAGAUGCCUGAUAGCCCUGCACUCUCCCCAGGAUUUGGUUCAGCAACAUUGGGAGAUCUGCAACAGAUUCAAAAGAACAGCACUGAGAACCUGAGAGGGAAUUUAAGAUACCAUAAUGAAAGAUCAAAAGAUUCCAAUAGACAGGACUCCUACUGCCAUGAUAAUGAACCUGAAAUGAAGAAUAUAAGAAAGGGCUGCCCGUGCCCUGGAUUCACACCUAAUCAGAGUUCUGAAUGCUGCAUCAGUAAUGCUGAAGCAAAGUCCAAGCAUCUCCAAAUAGAACAGAGUGAUUCUACAGAGAAUGUUUCUUUGCUGCACUGUUUUCAUUCAUUGCAAGAGAAAUCUUUGUAUUCUUGCCAUUCUGAAGAAGUAGAAAAUCAAUUAUCAUGUAUACAUGAUAUAGUUAGACAGAGUGGCCUGAAACAAGCAGGGAUGCAUCAACAACAAAUUGAUUUAGAGACAAUCGAUAAUGUCAUAGGAGAUGAGCUUGAUGGUAAACUCUCUUCUGGCCAUCACUUCUGUAAUGAUGCUCCAGAAAGCACAGCCCCAGAGAAACAUAUUCCAUCUCUUUUAAAGAAUCCUGUGAAAUUACCUGAUGCAGCAACAGAAAGAAUCUCUUGUUCAAAUCGAUCCAGUCCGAGGAGGUCACAGUCAGAGCAUUCUCUUACAGAAAGCAACAAUGAAACAAAAUCUAAGUUGCAGCUUGUAUCUUGCAGCAAAAGUGUUGAACAAUUAAUUAGUUCACCAAUUGAGAGUACCGUGUCCCUAUUUUCCUCCUCCUCCUCAUUAUCCUCGUCCUCAUCAUCAUCCUUGCAUUCCAUUUCAUCACUGGUAGAAGGCAGAACUCUGGGGUCAGAACAAAAAAGUUAUCGUGCAGAUUCCAGUAAUGCUUCCAAGCCAAGCAUAUCACAAACUGGUGGCAACAUGUCUAACAAAGCUGAGGCUACAGAGAUGGACGCACCCCAAGACAGCCAUGUGACUCUUCUCAGAGCCCUCCUUACUGAAAAAGAUGAGGAUCUCAAUCAGCUCAACAAAGAAAUGAAAAAACUUCAGCUUAUCAACAAGCAAUUAUUAGAGGAACAGUGCUUAAUAAUGUCAACAAAUAAAAGACUUCGCGAUAAGACUAAUAAAGUUCUCGAAAACAAGGUGAAAGGAGGCACAAGUGAUUCUCAUCCCACUGCACCUGUACUGCUUCAGCAAAGAAAUGAAGACCUAAUUAGAUACCUCAAAGAUCUCCAGGACGCCAAUGAUAGUGCUGUCAAUGAACUCAUGAAGGCUGAUGAGGAAAUCUCGCAACUGAGAGGCGAAAUGGCUAAACUAAGAUCAACAUAUGCAGAAAAGCUGCAGGAUGCCAAGAAACAGAAUGACCACCUUCAAGAUAAGAUUAACAGAUUGCAAUACCAUCCAUCCCAACUUACUUUGGAGGAGGAUGCUUUUGGUUUAUUGGAUGAAAUCCAUCAAUUACGGAAUGAGUCCCGAAAGCUUAGAGAAGUCAACCAUAAACUUGUUGAAGAAAACCGUCAAUUGAAGGAAGUGCUGUGGGAUUUCAAGCAACAGCGGGAAUGGCUCUCAAAGAAAAACUUCAAGAAAAAGAAGGUUGAAAUUACCAAAAAGGGUAGGGGUACAAUGUCUGCGAGGAAGUUGGAUCUACCUAAAAAGGAAGAGGAGACUGCCCAGCAGAAAACAUCUUCUCUUCCAUUCCAGUCACAAGAAGCAUCUCUGUCUUCACAGUUCAAAUUUGAAUAUUUCAACAUUGAAGAGAGGAGUAGUUCAAACAAAUCGAGUGAGCGAGUGACCUUUAAUCCAAGUCUACAAACAUGGGACGAUGAAGAUAAAAGCCGAGCUACAAGCAACGACUCUCCCAUUUCAGUGGAUAGCGACAACACAGAGGUUCUACUUGCAUCUUGCAAUGAUUUGAACUUUGAUCAGGGCUCAAAUUCAAAAAAACAGUGUCUUAAAGGUAACCUGUGUGAUCUGGAUGGGGACAGCGAUGAUGAUACAUCAUCAAUAAGCCAAAUUAAUGGUCAAUAUCAGUUCCCACAGUGUUCCAAUUCAAUUCCUUGUAACUCCACAGCUUCAUCCCCUGAAAUUUGGGUCAGCUGCCUCAACAGAAAAAACACAGGGAGGUCUAUUGACAAGGGAGUGCUGCCCCGACGUCCAUUCGCUCCCAGGAGCAUUGCAGAUCUGAAAAUUGGGCAUCUUGUUAAAUUCUCCCGCCCUGCAGGGAAAAUCAGCAAAGGAUUGGUUAAAUACUUGGGUCACUUACCAGGUCGACAGGAAGCAUACCUGGGUGUAGAACUGGAAGGUGAUGAAGUAGGGCGGCAUAAUGGAACAUUUGAAGGAGUUUGUUAUUUUGUUUGUAAAUUGAACAAAGGUGUCUUUGUAAACUUCAAUAAAGUUAUUAUGGCGUGGGAGUAGAAAUAGAAAGGAAGGCAAGUUACUUCUGAUGUGAAAUAGAAAAAAAGCCACCCGCUUUCCACCAGACUUAAAAUUCCUUCCAUCUCAAACAAGCAGCAUCCUCUUCUCAGAAUGAAGUGACGUCAUGCGCCUCAUUUUAUCUUGUUUUUAGAAGAGGCGAAACUGGACUCAGUGAAACUUAAUGGCUAAUUAAAGAUUUGAUUUUCAAGAAUACCAGUGAUUGAGUUAAAACCAUUUGUGAAAGAAUUAGACUUGAUUAAAAUUAGCCAUUGAAUUGUUUGAUGUAUAAUUUCGAAUAUGCCAAACUAGCAAUGUAGCGAAAAAGCUAACACGAGGGCAAAAAGCGAACAACUCAAGAGUAAGCCCAGUUGCAAUGUCUAUCAUGUGUAAAGAUAUGCAGUUCCACAGGGGUUUUGUAAAUCAAGCUGCAGUCAUUUUCAAAGUUCUUAUUGACAUCAGACAAGAAAAACCAUGAGGUCCAUGAAAACCAAUGGUUGCGAGAGUUGGCAAUGCAAUCUAAGCAGAUCCAGAAGCAAAAGCCCUUGGAAAAUGUUGAAUAUAUGCAAACUUAUGUUUAUUGGUUCAAGUUAAACAACAUGCAUUAGUCAAUUGCCCAUUCAUUUUCAGAGAUAUUCUUGACACCUACCAUUAUUCUUCCUUUUGUUGCAAUCUCCAUAAUGACUGAAAAUUUUCAAAGUGAAAUUUGAAAUUUCAAUUAUUAGCUGAAAGAGUGACACACAUGAAGAAUUCACCUUAUAACAUUUUGCUGUGACAUAUUUUAGCACUAUUACCAUUAAGCACCACUUUGUUUUCAUCGGUACCUGAUAUUUUAAAUUACCAAAUAAAACAGAUUAGUUUCUACAUUUAAUGACAAACUGAAAACUUAAAUUUGUUACAUCACAGUCUGUUAAAUGAGCAUCCAAUCCUCAUUCAAUCAAUCCAAAAUGAGUACUGUUCCAAAGGGAUUUAUUCCUUUUCUUUUCCUAAUGGUACUUUUCAUAAUGUGAAUUUUACUAUGGGUUCUCCAUUUAAUUUCAAUCAGAUGUAUCCUCUAACCUUGUUUAAAUUCCUCACAAACUCAGUCUUUGAACUGAACUUGAGCUCCCACUUUCAGCCCACAUGGUGAACAAUAGGGUCGGUAUUUUCUCUGCUUAAGGUACAGAUUUUAUCUUUUUUUUUGUUUCACCCUUCUCAGCUGAUUGCAACCCCACAAUCGCAACUCUCCUAGUGUGUGAUAUUUCUGAGUUUAUCGGAAAGCAUACAACUAUGAUCUUUCAAUGGCUUCCUCAAUCCUUUUCUCCAUUGCAAAGGGAAACACAUUAGUAUUUCUACUUGUAUACAAAGCUAAUCUGCUAUCUUUGAUCACACUGGCCUUUCACCUUAGAAACACAGGGCUAUGUUCGCACAACUAUCCACAAGUUCAUUUUGAUAGCAUCUUACUGACUUUUGGGAAACUAGGAAUUUUGGGCUUAGAAAUAGCAGUCAUUGUUUCCAAAUGUAAAUUCCUUGUGUAUCCCCAUAAUAAAAUAGUCUGAGCCUUCCUUUGAUCUUUUAAAAAAUAAAACACACAGAUUUAGUGUCAGGCAGGCUAAGGCAUACAUCACAUCGCUUCUUUGAAUUCCCCUAAAUUUAAUGUUACAGUCCAAACUCCAACAUUCCUGUCAAUCAAAGUGUUAUCCAAAAAAAAAUCCCAUUGUAACAUCCUCUAAAUUAAUUCAAGUUAGAACUCAACAUUCAGCUCCCUCCCCUCAACCCUGCCCCUUUCAAAUUGGCAUUCUUCACCCAAUCUCCCUUCAAGGCUGAAAACUGUUCACCCUUCUGAUUUGCACUUUAACCCCAACACCUUUUUUUCCCCAUUUUACCUCGAGUUUUAUUUUAAAGAGCAAUUGAGCGCACGAUCCAUCUUUUGUUUGAAAUUGUAAGCUUUUCUUUAUCCGCCUUGUCUGAUAUCCACAGUAAAAGGGUGGGUGCAUUGGAUUUUCCAAGGCAAUUUCCCUUGUAUCCUGCAACCUGCAGGGACACAUAUUCUCCUCUGUUUCUGAACUUACAGCGUACUCACAAGCAAUUCAGAGCUAAGUUGCUUAUGGCUCCAACAAUAUUCAACCAUUAUGUGCCACACUCUGCAUUUGCACAUCAAGUCGUAUCUAUAGUUUCACCUCCUACUAUUAAGUAGACUUUAAGAAUCUACAGUUCUCUAUACCUGUAUGUACAUCACAAUGACUGAACACUGAGGAAAGUUUGUAAUUUCCUGUGUUUUCAAAGGCAAAAAUACAAGAUAUUCAUGAAUAUUUAAUGAUUAUGCUGAUGAUAAUUCUGUCAGAUACCUAAUUGCAACUGUGCAUUUUAUGUUACCUGCUAAAUCAAAUGUUACCAGCAAACUGCAGCGUAAGUUUCAAUUCUCCUUCCUUAUGCAGAUAGUGAUUUUUUUUUCUGAAAUACCAUGUGAUAUUCAUGUUAAGUUAUUCAGAAUUAUAGAAACUUGUGUCAUUAUAUACUGACCUUAAAGUUUCCAGGUAAUAAAUUAUAAAUUAUUUUUCUGAGCAGAAUCUCAGAGAAUCAAUCAGGCAUCACUGAAAACCAACUAUUGCAGACAGAAAACUACUGACUAAACCGGGCUUGUGACAACAAGGGCAUAUUUUCCUUUUUAUAUAUAAAUCAUGUCAAUGUGAUUUCAGGAUUUUCAUUGACAGGACAUCUUUGGUACCACUUUGUUGUCUUAGCAUCUCAAUUCUCCUGCCUUUCAGUUUUUCACCAUUGUAAAGAUCUGUGACCAUAGACUACAUUACAAAGGAAAAAGAUAUUCAGCACAUUCCCUGGUGUGGUUGUGUCAUUUAAACUUUGCACUAGGAAUGAAAUGAUACUUUUGAUUGUGACCCUACAUAUUGAAACGGAGAAUAUGUGUGGACAUGAAAUCAUUCCUGGUAUGAUCUAUACACUAGGGUGGGAUUUGUUCAGAUUAACCAUAAAUAAGUUAUUUCUCUAAUACAUUAUCAUUGAAAUCAUUUUGGCACUUUCUGGCAAAUAUUUUGUUUUGCGUGACUUUUCUAUAUGUAAAUACGAUGCUCUGUUUGUUAGUUGUCAUUUGUUUAAUGUUGUCAAAUUCAAUUUGUUAAAAUGAAUGUAAUAUCUGAACUGUUAGUAAAUGAACUGUUAUUGGUUAAUUAUGACUUAAAGUGUUUUUACUAAGUCAAUAACGGAAGUGCGUUGAAUACUGAUUUGUCGAUGAGUUUUUUUUAAACCGCAAGUCGCAUUCAAGACCUAUUCGAUAUCUUAUCUGCCAGUAAGAACAUUAACCCCACUUUUGACUUGGGGCAUCAGUAUAGUGGGUGGAAACUAGUGCAGAUCUUGACACAAUCGGGCUUGAGAAAUCUCAACUCCUGGGUCUUAUCUGCAUCAGCUCCGUCAAAUUUUCCCACUGAAAUCUGUGAACUGUCAGACAUCAGGAGGUCACUGCCACAGAGCCAAGGAAUGCUUACAGGUGUAUGGAUAAAUUCGCCAGACAAAGUUCAGGACAGCCUGACAAUCACAGAAUUCCUCAUCCACCUGGUCCAAGAGGAAAAUCGAAGAAAAAGUGAAACCAUUUAUCUUUCUUUCGACUCCUCGGCUUGGAUGGUCCUUCCCACUUGAUUGGUUUUACAAUUGCAGGUUUCUGAUUAAGGUAGCUUAAUGACAUCCUUUGAAGGUUUUCCUGCCUACUUUAAACAGCAGGAUAAAAUUGCACAGAGUGCAUCACAUCAGGCGAUAGUCUCAUGGGCAAUUUUAACAUCUCAUCCGUCAGAUCAGUGGGGGAAAAAUGCCCUCAUUACUCCUCUAAUCAGCUCAGUUCCAUCAGGGCAGAAUAUCAACUAGUUUUCCUACACUUCUCACAUGCCAGUACUUAAAGUAGGCUGCAGUGAUUUGGUUGAGAUACUGGUGGACUGUUCAUACCAAAACCACAGAAUUCAUCAUUGCUUCAUAAGGGCAACAACUUUGCAGAAAUAGUGCUUCAGUAAUGUUGUUGGUAUUUCUACUGUUGAGAACAGUUUCAUUUCAUAAGAAAUAGCCAGGUGUCAACUCCAAGGUGGUAGCGGAAUAGCAGCACAACAUGCAAGCUCCUCAGCCCUGGAGUCUACUCCAUCCCAUUUACAUUUUAUUGUUCUUUCUAUGCUUUUAUGUUUUAAAUGUCCCCAUUUAUUAUGGUACCUUACCUUCUUUUAAAUACUUGGACGGAAGGUGUCUUCUCUUGGCCUGGGCCUAGCGACGAAAUGACUUCCGGCAGCCCAGAAUGGCGGUAUAGGCCUAGUGAGGCAGGUUCCAUUGUGACAAUCUCCGAGUGUGGUGGUCUUCUCCAGGAGGAGCAGUCUUGGUGUGGUGUGGAGGGCUAGCCCCUGUGAGGAGGUCUCAACUUAGCAUGAAGAUCUUGUCCUUUCUUUGAAGGCAGCUUCCAGGCCUUGCAGCAGCCCAGUGUAGACGUCCAGACCUGGAGGGGAGGUCUCAUCUCACCAUGGCAGGGCCGUCUUGGCCUGGCACUGCAUUGUGGUUUUGGUCCGGUUUACCAGCGUACCCCAAACCCAGGAGCUGUUAAUUGAACUGUGAUGAAGUUUUACUUUUAUUUCUUCUUAUUUAUGACUAAUUUUGG